AUGGCACCAGCACCUAAGUUGCGAGUCGCUCUCCUCGGUCUAGGCCGUCUGGGUCAAAUCCGUGCACGUAUCCUCGCAUUUCAGCAACCAAGAAUCGAGCUCGUAGCAGUCUGUGACACCAAGCCAGGCAGUGCUGAUUGGGCUGCUGCCAAUCUCCCACCUUCAGUCAAAUACUUCGCAGAUUCCGAGGACUGCAUGAAGAAUGGAGGAGCAGAAGCCAUCCUCAUCUCGACCGCGACAGCGACACACGCACCAUUGAUAUGUCAGGCUUUCGACUUGAACCUCCAUGUCAUGUGCGAGAAGCCAAUCUCUGUCGAUGUGAUCACUACAGCAGAAGUCCUCGAAAAGGCUGCCAGUAAACCACAUCUGAAGUUCUUGGUACCCUUUUCGAGAAGAUAUGAUGAAUCGUACCGUGCGACGAAAGCCAUGGUCGAGAAUGGUAAUCUAGGCAACAUCCACGCAGUCGAGACCGCAUGUAUCGAUCAACAAGACCCGACUGGAUUCUUCGUUACCUUCUCUGAGCAAUCAGGCGGUAUCUUCAUGGACAUGGGCGUUCAUGACAUCGAUAUCGGCCGCUACUUUUUGAAUGUCAAGGAUGGUCUGACGAAUCCACGCAAGCAAGUCAUUAGGGUCAUUGCUAUGGGUCAGCAGGCCGUAUAUGGCGAUCUCAAGAAGUUUGGCGACUGCGACAACGGCUGGGGAAUGGUCGAGUUCGCAAAUGGCAAGGUACUCACUACACAUCUUGGUCGCACACUGAGGAACGGAUAUGAAGGCGCAACGAGAGUCUGCGGCACAAAGCAACACGCCAUCAUUGGCGGCAACUCGAAUAUCAAUCGUAUUGAGAUAAGAGACGAAUAUGGUGUACGCACUGCCACGACACCUGAUGCGUUUAUGUUGUACGACAAGUCAUUCAUAAAUGACCUUGCCGAGUUUGCAGCUUCUGUGCUUGAUGAUGCACCUUUGACGUGCUAUCCCGAGGAUGCAUAUGAAGCUGGAAAGAUCUGUGCUGCACUGCAACAUUCAUUCAGAACUGGUAUGCCAGUAUACUUCGACGAAGCUGGCUUGCCCAUACUACAGCCUUUGAAGAGUGUCGUUCAGGCGAUCGGGCAUUCGAAUGGGGUCGAAAAUGAGGUGAACGGUCAUUGA